AUGGCCGACAACCGCUCCGACUCCGAAGGUGCCUCACGCGCCAAGCGCCAGAAAAUGGACGCCGACCCAAAGAACAACCCUUACCUCGCUCACAUGUACGAGAAUGAGAACGCUUCUGGUUCGGCGUUGUCCAAGUUCAAGCGACACCAAACCACCGCCGCGCUGGCCAAGAAGGCUGAGGAUGGCGAGAUCAACCCCUUCAGUGGCCGACCUUUCUCCAGCAAAUACUUCUCAAUCUUGAAGGGCCGUCGUGACCUGCCCGUCCACCAGCAGCGUGACGAGUUCCUGCAACUUUACCAGCAAUCCCAAAUUCUCGUCUUCGUCGGUGAAACGGGUUCCGGAAAGACUACCCAGAUUCCUCAGUUCGUCCUGUACGAUGAUCUCCCACAAACCCAGGGCAAGAUGGUCGCCUGUACCCAGCCCCGUCGUGUGGCUGCCAUGUCCGUCGCUCAGCGUGUCGCAGCCGAAAUGGAUGUCAAGCUUGGAGAGGAAGUCGGUUACAGCAUUCGUUUUGAGGAUAUGACUGGCCCCAAGACUAUCAUGAAGUACAUGACCGAUGGUAUGCUUCUGCGUGAGGCUAUGAACGAUCACAACCUGUCGCGCUACAGCACAAUCAUGCUUGACGAGGCUCACGAAAGAACCAUGGCCACUGAUAUCCUGAUGGGUCUUUUGAAGGAGGUUGUCGUGCGUCGCCCCGAUUUAAAGAUCAUUAUCAUGUCUGCUACUCUGGAUGCGCAAAAGUUCCAGCGCUACUUCAUGGAUGCGCCCCUUCUCGCAGUCCCUGGUCGUACCCACCCCGUCGAGAUUUUCUACACCCCUGAGCCUGAGCAAGACUACGUUGAGGCCGCAGUACGCACUGUGCUGCAGAUUCACGCCACAGAAGGCGAGGGAGAUAUCCUUUUGUUCUUGACUGGUGAAGAAGAGAUUGAGGAUGCUUCGCGCAAAAUCGCACUCGAAGGUGACGAGAUGACUCGCGAGGCUGACGCUGGCCCUAUCAAGGUCUACCCAUUGUAUGGUAGUCUGCCCCCACACAUGCAGCAACGCAUCUUCGACCCUGCGCCGCCUCCUCGCCGACCUGGCGGUCGCCCCGGGCGCAAGGUCAUUGUGUCUACCAACAUCGCUGAAACAUCUUUGACCAUUGAUGGUAUCGUUUACGUGGUGGACCCCGGAUUCUCUAAACAAAAGAUCUACAACCCCCGCAUCCGUGUCGAGUCGCUCCUGGUUUCUCCCAUCUCCAAGGCUUCCGCCCAGCAGCGUGCCGGUCGUGCCGGUCGUACACGCCCUGGAAAAUGCUUCCGCUUGUACACCGAAGGCGCCUUCAAGAAGGAAUUGAUUGAGUCUACUUACCCCGAAAUUCUCCGUUCUAACUUGUCGUCAACGGUGCUUGAGCUGAAGAAGCUUGGCAUUGAUGAUCUUGUUCACUUCGAUCUGAUGGACCCACCUGCGCCAGAGACUUUAAUGCGAGCAUUGGAAGAGUUGAACUACCUGGCCUGCCUGGACGACGAUGGAAAUCUCACCCAGUUGGGUCGCCUGGCCUCCGACUUCCCUCUUGAUCCAGCUCUGGCGGUCAUGCUCAUCUCCUCUCCGGAAUUCUACUGCUCCAACGAAAUCCUGUCUAUUACUGCCCUCCUGUCUGUGCCGCAGGUGUUCACUCGUCCCGCUGCCCAAAGAAAGCGCGCCGACGAGAUGAAGGAGCUCUUCAAGCACCCUGACGGAGACCAUCUCACAAUGCUGAACGUUUACCACGCUUACCGCGGACCUGAAGCCCAGGAGAACGCCAAGCAGUGGUGUCACGAUCACUUCCUCUCUCUUCGAUCCCUGCAGUCUGCCGACAAUGUUCGCCAGCAGCUGCUGCGCAUCAUGGAGCGUGAGGAUCUCGAAAUGAUCUCCACUCCUUUCGAAGACAAGAAGUACUAUGAAAACAUCCGCCGCGCUCUCUGCGCAGGAUUCUUCAUGCAAGUCGCCAAGAAGGAUACUGGUGGCAAGAGCCAGUACCUCACCAUCAAGGACAACCAGAACGUUCUUGUGCACCCGUCGACCAUGUUGGCUCACGAGGCUGAGUGGGUUUUGUACAACGAAUUUGUUCUCACGUCAAAGAACUACAUCCGUACAGUGACUGCGGUCAAGCCCGAGUGGCUCUUGGAUAUUGCCCCUACCUACUACGAUAUCCAGAGUUUCCCCAAGGGUGACAUGCGCUCUGCCCUCGUUAGGGCUGCUGAGCGUCUCUCUCGCAAAGAGAAGAUGCGCGCCGAGAAGCGCCGAUAG